CAUUAACUAGUGACAAUGAGACAACAAAUGAACAAAUGAAAAAGAAGAAAGGGUUAGUAUCAAACUUGGAUUGGUCAGUGUGAGAAUUGGAAUUCCGUUGUUGUACGCAACAACUUAACCGAAUAAAAAGAAAAGAAGGGAGGGUUGAAAAUUGGGAUUCGCAUGUUGUUCCUGCGAUUUGAAGUACUUCUACAGUUCUACUUUCUAACUAACUGGUCUGUCUGGUUGGUUACGGGUUACCUCAACUGACCUCACCUGAAACCUUAACGUGGUGGUGGGCUGGUGGCAACUGCCUCUGGCUCUUUCCCAGUUCGUAAAGUGCUGCUUCACUCUCCUCAUUUUCCUUUUUUUUUUUUUCAUUUAAAUUUAUAUACACACAUAAUAAUUAAUAUGUCCAACCACGUCAUCGAAGAAUCGAACUCUUCAGCAACCAAAGAACUCGAACAAAAACAAGAGAAGGAGAAGGAAGAAGAGGAAGAUGAAGAUGACGAGUUACGAAAGCUCCUACUCCCCGAUGUCUGUAAUCUUCCUUCAGUUCCUCCUUCCGCCGUUGAAUCCAACUUCGCCAUUUACUUCGCUCUAGAUUUUAUGAAGCCAGGGCACGAUCAGUACGUUUACCGGCACGCCAAUGGCUUGUGUGUGAUUGGUUUGGCUCCUUCCCACGUUUCUUUCAAGGAUGAAGGUGGAAUCACAGCCAUAGAUUUCAAUGUGGGAAAGUCUGAUCGCAGUGGGGUCAAGGUCACUGGAAAGCGUAAGAAGAAUGCUCAACAUUUUGAGUCCAACACGGCUUUGUGCAAAGUUUCUACCAAAAAUGAUUCCUAUAUAGUGAGGUGCUGUGUCAAAGGCUCCCUUUUGGAAGUGAACCAACAACUGAUCAAGCAACCAGAACUACUCAAUGCUUCGGCAGACAGGGAAGGAUACAUUGCUAUUAUAAUGCCAAAACCUGCUGAUUGGCUUAAGAUCAAGGCCUCCCUUGUUAGCGUUGAGGAAUACAAGAAAUUGAGGGAAGUCAGUUGAAUUAGAACCAUGCAUUCAUUUAUGAUGACACGUUGAAGGAGACUGUGAAAACGCAUGCUACCAUAUUUCAUUACUUAAUCCAUGGUUCCCCAUAUGAUGCUUCAAGUUCUGUGAUCUCAGAAAGCUACAAAUUUGAAGAAAU